CCUUCCCUCCUAUCAUUUCCCCAACCUUUUCUUCUCCUUGAUUCCUCCCCUCUCCUCUCUCUCAAACCAACAACAACAACCACCCUCUCUUGCUUCUCUCUCUAGAAAAAUCCUCCAAAAGAAAUCAAAACUUCUACAAAUCCCAAGAAAAAAAUCGUAUUUUUAAUUUAACGAAUUUAUCAUGGCAGAAGAGCAUGGAUGUCGAGCUCCAGAAGGCCACCGUCUUUGCGCCAACAACUGCGGUUUUUUCGGCAGCCCAGCCACCCAGAAUUUCUGUUCUAAAUGUUAUCGUGACAUCUCCAUGAAAAUUGAGCAAGAAAACUCAGCCAAAUCCGCCGUAGAGAACUCCCUUUUUCCGGCGGCGGCGGCGGAACCGUCGUCCAACGCCGUCGUGUCGGUACCGGAGAAUUCCGACCAUGUACGGAUAUCCGAGGUGGCGGCUGAGGCGGGGACGGCGGCUGUCGUGAAGCCAAACAAGUGCGUGGCGUGCAGGAAACGGGUCGGGUUAAUGGGUUUUACGUGUCGGUGCGGGAUUACGUUUUGCGGGACCCAUAGGUACCCGGAACAACAUGGGUGUACGUUCGAUUUCAAGGCGGCUGGGAGAGAAGCUAUUGCUAAGGAAAAUCCAGUAAUUAAGGCCGAGAAAUUGGCGAAAAUCUGAAAGUAAUUUGCAACCAUUGGAUGGUUUCUCGGGGUGGAAAUGAACGGACCUGAUUAAUGAUUAUGGGGCUGGAUCGUUAUUUAAGAUAUUUGUAUUAUUGCAACCUUUUUCAUUUUCAUUUUUUAUUUUCGUGAAGCUGCGAAUCAAGGGCGUGCUAAUGUAAAUAAUAAUAUUUAUGUUUUAAAAGGGGUUGUUGUGUUGAUUUGA